AUGCCCCUCGUCGAAGACAGUCCUCGCGAGGACAACAACAAUCAAAUACCCCCUGCGACUCUCGAUCACGACAAUGAAGCUUAUAAAGAAGAACACGACAACGACAACGAUGUCCCCGUGAACAAGAAAACCAGCUUCAAUGGCCGUCUCAAUCAAUACUUCCACACAGCGAAGCCUACAUCUUCAGCGCCACCGGCACUCCCAUCCACAAAACAACCCACUACGAGGACUUCAUCUCCUCUAAAACGCAAACGAACCACACCACCAACAUCAACAUCAACAUCAGCAACAACACGAAUAACCCGCUCCCGAUCCCGCUCCUCCACCUCAACCCCAACCAGUACCACCACUACCAGUUCCUCCCCCCGCCCACGCAAACCCCCCACACCACCCACCACCUCAGCAUCCGACUCCCUCCUCACCGACACCAUCCCACCAAACCUAACCCUCCUCCUCGUAGGCGUAAACCCCGGGAUCCUCACCGGCAUAACAGGCUACGCUUACGCGCACCCCAGCAACCUUUUCUGGAAACUCCUCCACUGGUCGGGGAUCACGCCCAUCCGACACCCGCCCUCAGAUACAUACAAACUCCCGGAGUUAUACAACAUCGGGAACACGAAUAUCGUGGAACGUCCGACGCGGGACGCGAGCAUGCUGAGCAAGAAGGAGAUGGAUGCGGGGGUGCCGAUUCUGGAAGCGAAGGUGAGGGAGAAGAGGCCUGAGGCGGUGUGUCUUGUGGGAAAGAGUAUUUGGGAGGCGGUUUGGAGGGUUAAGGUUGGUAGGGGGAUUAGGAAGGAGGAGUUUAGGUAUGGUUGGCAGGAUGAGGGGAUGAAUCUGGGGAGAGUGGAGGGGUGGGAUGGGGCCAGGGUUUUUGUGGCUACGACGACGAGUGGGUUGGCGGCGGGGAUGUCGGUUAUGGAGAAGCGGGAGGUUUGGGAUGAGUUGGGGAGGUGGGUUAUUGAGAGGAGGAAAGUUUGGGAGAUGGAGAAAGGUGGUGGUAGUGAUGGUGUGAAAGUAGAAUAG